AUAGUACAAUUAUAUACUAUACUGUCGUAUAUAAUUCGGUCAUGCGCGAUGUAGUAACGUCCAACCGCACUCUUCUGACAUAAUCCAAAAUGGCAGCCAGCAUUGGAAGUCUACUCAGGACGUCUGCAAGAGUUGCAGUCGCAUGUCGACAAGGAGUUGCUGCAGCUGGACAAAUUGUGUCUGCUUCUGCACUUCACAGGGCCUGUUUCUCUACCAGCUCGAGCAGAUGGAUCGCUGCAGUCACUCAACCAGCACCUGCUUUUAAAGCCACAGCGGUCCAGAAUGGGGAAUUCAAGGAGAUGAGCCUCGCUGACUUCAAGGGCAAAUACUUGGUCCUCUUCUUUUACCCACUGGAUUUCACCUUCGUGUGCCCAACAGAGAUAAUCUCAUUCAGCGACAAGGCAAAUGAGUUCCAUGACAUCAACUGCGAGGUAGUGGGUGUGUCUGUGGACUCUCACUUCACACACCUAGCGUGGACCAACACACCUCGCAAGACCGGAGGCUUGGGCAGCAUUCACAUACCUCUGCUCUCCGACCUCAAUAAGCAGAUUUCCAGAGACUAUGGCGUACUGCUGGAGGACUCAGGCAUUGCUCUGAGGGGUCUGUUCAUCAUCGAUCCAAAUGGUGUGGUGAAACACAUGAGCGUAAAUGACCUGCCAGUGGGUCGUUGUGUUGAAGAGACCCUUCGUCUUGUGAAGGCUUUCCAGUUCGUGGAGACCCACGGUGAGGUGUGUCCAGCAAGCUGGACUCCCAAGUCGCCAACAAUCAAACCAACCCCUGAAGGAUCAAAAGAGUAUUUUGAAAAUGUCAACUGAUGGUAAAUCCCGACAUGUCCAUGUAAAGUUUUUGUUUGAUGCACUGUGACUUGGACAAUCAUGCUAAUAAAAGCUCCUUUAUGGGGAAAAAAAUAGUAAAAUCUC